AUGACGAAAAAACAGAAAAAGAAGGAUAAAAAAGCGGCGGCGGCGGCUGCUGGCGCCGUAUCGAAGGAUGACGCUCAAAAUAAGAAGGAGAACGAUUUGGACUUGUUGGAGGAUAUUAAACGAGAUGAGGACUUGUAUAUUUCCGAAAGCGAUGUUACCAAUAUUUCAAACUUCAUCCGAACCACGAACAAAUCCUUCAACUCCCUCGGGAAUUCCGUCUUAGCCUUCUUCGAAAAUCGUUGCUCCCUCGCCAUCCUUCACGCCCUCAUCGCCCUAUUCGACGUGGAUGGAGACGAUCAAGAAGACGUCGUUCGUCGUCUCAACAUCAUCUACAUCGUGUGGCGUCUGCCGGAUAUGGAACAGUACAUGCGUCUGAAACCCGCCAAAACCAUCGCCGACGUCCACGCCCAUCCGUUUGCCACGUUUCUAUUCUGGGCUGAGCAAUUGGAGCAACACGAGCCGGAGGCGACGUUGGCACGAAUCAUCGUCACGUGUAAUGUAGGCGUCGUCGAGAAGUUGACGGCGUUGGAAUUCCAGAAAAAGGCGAAAAGUCUGGACCUACAUAAAGUCGAGAGGGAUGCGUUUGAGAAGUGGGCGGAGCUUAAUAUGGAUCAUUGGCCCGAGAUUACGGAGGAGAUGGUUCCACUGGUGAAGGCGAUGAGGGAGUUGGGAAUGGAACGAAAAGACUACGAGGCGGGCAUGGCCGAGGCCUUCUACCCGCUGGUCCACAAUGCUCCGACACUCCUCCCAUCGAGAAUGCGUCCAGACGAUUUAGAGGAUCCCAGUGUCGCCAAUUUCCGUAGAAUGAUUGAUCCGAAGCACGAGGAGGCCGAACAAGUCGUCUACUCGAAAUCCGCUGGUCCCGAUAUGCAAAAGGAGCUGCUGAAGGCGUUUGAGGACUUGGAAACGACUGUCGUCGAGUAUCAAAGUGAGAUCUUCAGUGGAAUGACGCAGCCAGAGUUAGACGAAGCGCAACGACAAAUCGAAUUCACCGGUCGAAUGGUCGAAUCGUCGGCCUCUUCAGAAUGUCCGACGGAAAUCGAUUCGGAGGAUUCCGAAAUCGAAGCAGAGUCAGAAUUCAAGGCAAUGACUCAGAUGACGUACGCGGACGAUGAUAAGAUUAUCGAGGGAUGUGUGGAUCGUGUUCUGGAAGGCAUUGGAUUGACCACCUCAAAAUCGGAUCGGCUGAUUCAGUUCGUCAAAUACGGCGCCCAAUCGCAUCCGCAGUUCAAACGCCUCCUCGCCGCUUCUGAAGACGACGAGUUCGUUCAGAAGUUCUGUCGUAACAACAACCGAAUCUGUGCAUCGUUCUUGGUCCGCACCGCGUUGAAUGAUAAGGCAACCGGAACGGAGCAAUGCUUGUUUGGAAGAUACAUGCGAAUCCUGCAAUCCGUCGGCUCGAUCGUCCAAGCGUUCGAAACCGUCGUCAAACUGGGCAAGGAGUUCGAAGAGCUGAAUCGUCUCCAAGCAUCGCAUCGAUCGAUAGUCAUGGAUUACAUACGCCACGUCAUCAGUGUCGUUGAGACCGCCGAGAAUGCGACGGACCGUGCGAUACGACUCGUCGCAAUGCUGAUAAGGAAGCUUAUCACUGAGAAAGUGGUCAUUGUGGAGGAAUUGACCACCGACGUCAGACCCUUCUGCCUGAAGCAUAACACGAAUCGGGACUGCACAGCGCUCUACCAAAUCAUGUCCAGCAUCCAACAAGGCGUCGCUCCACCCGCUGACGCCGUCGCCGUGCUCGCCGACGACGACGAUGAUGCAGAUCUCAUCGUGACGACGCCCCCGAAGCUUCUGACGUCUUCUUCUAGAACCACGACGACGAAGUCUUCAGAUGCCAACUCACAGACUACAGUAACCACGGAGACGAAAUCCGUGGAGAACGCGCAGCAGAAGAUGACGAUGACGACGGUUGUGGAGCGGUCGGGAGAUCAGAUUAUGCAGAAGAAGAAGAUGGUUUUGGAGUACAAACAACUAACCACCGACGACGAGGAGCCGAUUCCAAUCGAUACAGCUGCUCUGUCAAAUAUCAAUCUAGCAAUUAAUGCCAAAAAUAAGGGCGGUUUCAAAGCGGCCGCCUAUCAAAUCUUCGAUCAACUGGCGAACGGCACGUUCGGCUCUCCCAAUCGAUAUCAGAACAAUCGAAAGAAUUCAGCGUCAUCUGGAAUUUUGACGUCUUCUUCUGGAGGCCCCUCCUCAACGACGACGACGACGACGCAUCAGAUGAUGUUGGCGAUUGCCAACACGCCAAAUCCACGUCCCGGCGAGAUGAUGGUGCUGACGACGUCGGCGCCGAUUCGGGUGGCAUCGGCACCGCCUGGAAUCGGGGAACGAGAUGGGGAGACUAAGCAUGAGCAAUCGUCAUCAUCGAAGACUUGGAAUAAGAAUAAGAAGAGAUGA